AUCGCGCAAGCAAAGCAAACCCUAGCCCCCAAAAAAAAACCCAAUCCCUAAUCUGAGACGGAGAGAGAUGGCCGGCGCCGCGGAAGGGGAGGCUCGUCCCCUCGUCGUCGUCGGAAGGGGAGCGCGCCAGUCAGCCAAGGUUUCUGCCACGGCCGCGGAAGGGGAGACUCGUCCCCUCGUCGGAGCCAAGGUGAUGGGGCCUCGCCUCAGCCUCAGCCUUUCUCCGGAUGCUCUGGACCUGAUUGCGAGGAGGGAGGCCUUGCUCUCGGAGUGGGCCGCGUCGGAGCCCUCGGCCUCGCCGUCGCUCCCUGAAGCUUCAGCGUCGCCCUGGUCCCUCAUCUUGUCCCGUUGCCUACCAUCAUCCCUACAGCCACAGCCUGAGCCUGAGCCAUUCGACAGGGUCGAACACAACUGGAACAGUUCUAUGAUGAUGAUGAUGAUGCCGAGCCCCUCUGAGGUAGCAGCAGCUCAAGAUCAUCAACUUGUCAUGGAAUGCCUUCGCCACUAUAACUUAAAUCAUCCGGAAAAUGAGUACGUACCUGCCCCCGGCAAGGUGACCAGAUACAGCAGUCCUCACAAUGGUUCUUGCUGGACUCAUGGCAACUUCGUCGCUAGCCCCAAGCACUCCGGCUACUUCUCCUUACUGCCCCCUAGACCAACUCUCUUCUUUUAUGAGCUUGUUACCAAAGAUGGUUUUGAAGGAGUUGUUUCGUGCACCCCGCUAGAUGAGCCAGUUACCGAAGCCUACAGUUUGUUUGGCCUUCAUCUUGGGUGGGGAACUCGUCGUGAUGGCAGUUCGGAUUGCCUUUGCAAUACAUGCAACCGUCUUGUUGAUAGCGAGGUUCCUUCUGUGGGGAAAGCAUUUCCGUGUGGACAUUACAAGGCAGAGCGUUUUUGUCAGAUGUGCUAUCUUCAGUCUGAAGUGCUGCAUCCAUCGCCAGAAAAAUUUGCGUUUGGAAAAUGAUGACUAGAGCUGGCUGAGCACUCAAUCUAUCAUUUGUGGAUAGGAAAGACUUGUAAUAUGAUGACAUGCCUUAGGUUGCUGGUUGUGCUGCUGCAUAUUAAUUAUGUCUUCCCGGGUGGAAUGCCCUAUGCUAUGCUAUGUAGUAUUGUGAAACAGAUGAUGGCUCUGGCAUAAAAUAAAAUCAUAUAUUUAUGAGA